AUGUAUAUACAGAAAACACUACGGGACACAAGUCGUCAUCAAGAUCUGCAGCUACCCUUAGCAAGGAUAAAAAAAAUUAUGAAACUGGAUGAUGAUGUAAGAAGGAUGAUGAUUGCCUCAGAAACGCCAAGUUUACUUGCUAAAGCAUCAGAAAUAUUUAUUGAAGAAUUGGCACUAAAUGCUUGGAAAUUGACAGAGGAUAAUAAACGAAAGACAUUGCAAAAGUCAGAUGUUUCUCAAGCCAUAGCCAGUAAUGAUAUGUAUGAUUUCCUAAUUGACAUCGUACCUCGAGAUGAUCCCAAGAAGACGGAGCAGGUGGAUAAUGUAUUUUGUUUUCUUCUGCACAUUUUAUGA